AUGCUCCAUCGAUCUCUCCCUGCUUUCGUGAUGGUUCCUGAUGAUCACUAUUGGUUUCGAGGCAUACCUCCCGCAUCGUCGGGACAUACAUGUGAGGGCGAUCCAUGCAUGUUCAUCUACUACACACAUACUUUAGGCAUGCGACAACCAUCUGCGGUUCCUGCCUGUAGCUCGCGAGACAUUGGAGAGACAUGGACGGUACCGAUAGUACGGACGUCAGCCUGGGUUCCCGAAAGUGGUCUCCAUCUCACAUUGUACAAGUUCUACCUCUACCAAGCAAGUGGGCCAGAACUGCGGUUGGCUGGUCUAUGUCGAUACCUUUGCCCGUUGACAGCAAUCAUCCAGAAGAUCCCGUCUGUCUGUCUCCUUGUUGGUGAUAUGAAGUAUCUCAUGGCGUGA